AUAAAAAUAAAAAAAUUUAGUUAUAUUCGGUGGUUCAAAGUUAACCAUCAACUAUUUGUGUGAUAAUUGACGGUUUAAAAAUGUCCUCAAUUUUACUUUAAGAAAAUACCCAUUAUGCUCCAUUUUCUUUUUAUCCUAAAUCUUAAAUAAUAAAUAAAACAAAUUGAACAGAUGUGUAUAUAUAAUUCUUUUCCCUCGUUCUUUCUCAUUUCCCUCUCUUUUCUUCUCUACUCUGUUUUUCUUGUCUUCACUCCAAUGCUAUCAAUCUUUAUUCGAUGUGUAUAAAGAAAUUAGGGUUUGAAACUUGCAUAGAAUUCUCUUUCUGCAUUUUGACCUUAGUUCACUCGUCGUGACACACUCUCCACAUUCUCAGUAUAUAAUUUUCUCUAUGACAAAAUCUUGAUUAAUAAGGUACAUUGUUAAGUCUUGGCUGAAGAAAUUAAUUCACCAACUAUUACAUUGCAAGAACUUUCUAUUUCACAAGAUAAUGGAGAAACAAGAGGACAAUACCCAACUUGAAAAUAAUAACAAACUGUCAAACAAUAAGAGGAAAACAAACACUGUGGCAGAAAAGAAAACUAGAGGCAAUUCUGUGCGCCAAGCUGUGUUGAGGAUGAGGGCACAAGGAAGAAAGGUUCAUGUAGACUUUAACUUGCAUGGUCAAUCACUAGGCAAAUCUGGAAAUUUGCUACAAUCAUAUCUUGGUUGGCUUGCUCGUAGCAAGUACAUAUUUGCAGCAAACUUUUGACGGGAUCAACGAGAAUGCGGGACAUAUGAUAUUUAAGUCAAUUGGAAAGAAAUGGAGAGAUCACAAGUCCAAGUUGACCUCACAUAUUUUUAACUUUUUAAAUGACCCUGAGUAUAGAGAGGACCACCCCACACAUUGACAGAGCCCCCAAAAGACUACAUCAUUAGUGCAGAAGAAUGGAAAAAGCUUGUUGCAUCAAGAACUAGCAAUGUCUUUAAGGAACAAAGAAAGGUGCAACAACAACGACGUUCCCAACAAAAAUAUGCUCAUCGGACAGCACGUAAAUCUAUUGCAAAUAUAGAAUACGAAAUGCAAAAGGAGCGAAACACGACUGAUCCAAUAGAUCGUGGAGAGCUAUGGAAGCGUGCAAGGCAAAAUAACAAGGGAUCUUAUUUAAAUGAUGAGACAAGAGAAAAAAGAGAACUAAUUAAAGAAAGGGGGGAACUAACUGUUAUCGGCCAGAACGAUGUUCUUACUCAAGCAUUGGGUACUCCGGAGCACCCAGGGCGAGUGCGUGGUAAAGGUUUUGGUGUUGUGCAAUAUGAAGUAUUCAAGAAGCCUCCAAGGGGGUUUAAGACUCUACAGGAGGAGCAAUUUAGAUAUGAAACCAAAAAUGCAGCUGCCUUUGAGAGUCAAAUAAAGAACUUAACUGAACACAUCAAGUUGCUACAGAGUCAAAUUGAAAAGAUAGCAUUACAAAAACAACCUAGUCAACCAUCAGACACUAAUGAUGUUGACGCUACUGUGCAUCACAAUAUUUCUACUAAUUCUUCUAAAGAUAUUCCUACUCCAGAAUCACACCUACGCUCUUCAACGCCAUCAGUAAAGGGUAUUCCUUGUAGUUUGCUUGUUGAACCAGAUUUUAAGUUGGUUGCAAAAGGAUAUAUUAUAGAGACCAUCUCAAGUGACAUACAUGGGAAACCCAUAGGUGAUGACAAAAGGGUUACAAUAUCUGAGGCCAUUGUUCCAAAAGCAAAGCUACCUGUAAAAGUUCCUGGGGUGAUGGAGUUAGUUGAAGAAGCUGUGGACUCAUGUGUUGCAUGGCCUACACAUUUGGUUGUAGUAAGCAAUGAGGAGAUACCAAAAAAAGCAACUUCAAGUAUUAGCCGUAAGAGAAAGAUUCCUACUUCACAAAAAGAAUUUUCCAUUAUCACAUCCAAACCAAAGGAACAACCACCUAAGCUGUCUGCCCAACUAUCUCUGGCAAAGGAAAAGCCACACAUUGAGACACUUAUCCAUCCAUCUAGUGAAAAGGAAAAGUUGUACAUCGAGCAACCAACAAGCAUCCCCUCAUCUUCAUCCAGUGUUAGGGAAAAACCACUAUUGGAUUUAUGUGAAAUCCCAAAGAACAUUCCUGCAAGCCUAAAAUCAUUAAUAAAGUCUACUUUCAAGCUUAACAAGGAGUACAUGUAUGAGGUUCCAAUUCCUAAAGAUAUAUGUGGACUUGGUAAGCAGAUCUUGUACAUUGGAGUAAAAGACCUUCUUGAGCUUGCUAAGUUUAAGGAAAUUAGUGCUUCUGUGAUCACUCUUUACAUCAGAAAACUACAUGCUUGUAUCAGUACAGAAUGCACUGAGCAUUUGUGGUGUUUUGCUGAGCCUUCUCUCCUUGCAUUCAUUGGGAAUAACACGAUUGAUGCCCGAACUCGAUAUCUUUCCUUGCGUCUACAGAAUACAUUAAGGGGAGGUUUGUUGACUCUACCAUACCACCCAGGACGACAUUGGAUGUUGAUUCUUAUCAACCCAUGGCAAGAAAUUGUGUUCUCCCUCAAUCCUAGCGGGCAAAAGAUUGGAGAUGAUGCAAUGACAUGUGUUCGAAAUGCAUUUGCAAUAUACAAUGCAUCAAAGGGUAGAAGAGGAAAUAGAAAUGGCCCCAAAUGGAUAACAGUUCAGUGUCCCAAACAACCAGGAAGUGUGGACUGUGGAUACUGCGUAAUGCUUUAUAUGAAAGAACUCAUGACAAUAGAAAAUGACCGAAAUGAACUUCUUGAAAAUAAUUUUAAAGGAAAAGUUGAGUAUACAAUGGAUGAAAUCAACGAGUUACGUGAAGAAUGGACUGAAGCACUUAUGGAUCAUAUGGCAUAGGAUAAAUACAUUACCUGGUAUAUCAUAUAUAGAAAGAAUAGACUGAAACACUUAUAGAUCAUAUGGUAUAGGAUGUAUGUAUACAUCAUUUGGUAUAAGAUGUAUGUAUACAUCAUUUGGUAUAGGACAUAUUGAUGAUUAAAUUUGUGUUUUUAUUCUUUUUUACAAAUUAACACUUCAAUGUAAUUGUAAGACAGAUAGUAUUAAUACAAUUUGGUUUGUGUA